CGUCAAUCACGUAAACAAGGGCGUUUCUAACGCCUUAUUUCCGGAUGCGGAUAUGCAAAGUGGUAAUUCUAGUUUAUCCUGUUGGUGAAAAUUAUUUACCUACGAGCCUGAGGAUGAUCUACGUGUUGUGGUGAGAUCUCCUAGAGAUCGUUUGCGCAGUUUUUAGGUCAGUCGUGGUGUCCAGGAUGUUCUGAAGCCAUGACCAGAAAGAAAUGGCGCUAUACCCCCGGUCUUGCUAACUGAUGUAUUGGUUAGUCAACUUUGGCGCCUUCGUUACGUACUUAGACGCUUCACGGUUGAGGUUCCCUCAUUUUCUGCUUAGUUUACAUCUGCACAACACUUGUUCAUAUAAAGGAUACAAUAUUGACUCAUGAGCCUUUGACCGACCGCUUCUAUGGGGAUUUGAAUCUAUUUCGUAAAUGCAUGUUAAACAUGCUGAAAUACAUUUAACUAAAUCGAUCCGAUUUAAAUAUACAGAAGGCCAACAUAGCCAAAAAGUUAAACUUGUCUGUAUACAAUAGCUGAUAACAGUGAGAAAACUAUCAGAAAGUAGCUGUAAUAGACUAAUAUAAACUGCAGAGAACAGAGAGGAGGAUGUCUCCAGAGACACCCUCAGUUGUACGAGCUACACAAGCCUGGCUGCAGUCCUCUCGGCAUGUCCAGGUGCCCUUUGCCUGGCUUGAAGCCUGCGUUAGGUGGAUUCAAGGAGAGGCUGGAGGAGCACAUCAUCUGCCUCAGCAGCAAAUCAAUCAACAGGUCCUGGACCAGUGGCUACUGACAGAUCUGAGAGACCUGGACUACCCGGUUCUUCCUGAAGGUCUCGCUCUGGCCCAGAAGACAGAACUCAAUGGCACGUUCUGUGUCCAGGUUGACUCAUUGCUGGACAUCAGUCAGCCUGCAUAUGGUCAGCUGCAGAAGUGGAGGGGUACAGACUGCACCAAUGACGAGGUCUCUGCUGUCACACAGACCGCUCAGAGACCCUGGGAGGCCAGGCCAACCCGUAUGCUCCUACUCCAGAUUACAGACGGAGUUCAGAGCUUGGAGGCCAUGGAGUAUCAAUCCAUCCCUGCACUCAGUGCAACACUCAGGCCCGGUGCAAAGCUGCAGUUGCAAGGCAAGAUGGUUUGCAGACUUGGUGUCGUGCUUUUGGGGCCGUCCAAUGUAAAGAUCCUAGGUGGUGAGGUGGAGGACUUGGUGGAAAGGAAUACUCAGGGCAGGGUGUUGUGCCGGACUCUGGGUCUUCCUGAGGUGGAGCAGCAGCAUGAGGGGGAAGGGACAGAAGCUUCGACACAACCAGGACAAGACAACCAGGAAGUGGAGCAUCUGGAGGUGGAUGAUGCAGAGCUGUUGGCCAGUCUUGAGGAACACAGUGAGGCUGAAGUGCUUCAGGUUCAACCACCUAGAGACAGUGGUUAUGGGACCGUGCAGGAGACCUCAGCUCUGUCUUCCUUCCUUGGGAACCUUGUCUCAUCAAGGAGUCAAACCGCCACCCCCUUUAACAGUGAUUUGACACAAAGUAACAGGAGUGGGUCAGUUAGGAUAAAUCACAACGAUGACGAACAACAGCACUCUGAAAUUGUUGAGUUCUUCCACUCUGAUGUGAUGGAUCAAAGUAGCCAAGAUGACAACAUGGCAAGUGAUGAAUUUCCUGAUGAAGACUUUGACGAUAUUCCGCUGGAAGAGUUGGACGGUGUCAUAUUACAGGAAAGUGGAACUGUUGCCAGCGGUCACAGAAGCACACUUCAGAAUAACAGAAUAGCAGGAAAUCAAAGUAACGUGGAAAGAGCAACAAAUCCCCAACCCACUCAGUUUGAGGCGCACAUUUCACAUGGAUGUGGGACAUUUGAAGGAUCUGUUCCCUCCAGAUCCACCACGCUGAAAAGAGAUCAUAAAGGAUUCAGCAGGGAGGCUUCAGUAACGUCCAAGCCCUUCUUUUCUUCAACAGUCUUAGAGCCGCCCAAAGAGUUAGAGUUGGGUAACAAUGAUGAGAACAAUUUGAUGGAUGAAAACAUGGACUGUCUGUUUCAAGAGGUUGAAGACAAUCCUGCGGAAACAGAGAAGUCUGAAGGAUUAGCUCAGAUCUCUGCUGAAGAACAAUCUAGAAGAGACAGAGAAAGCAUUACCAACUGUAGCCUUUCCAGGAUAUCCCCAAAAACGCUUACUGGAACAUCUCAAGGAAAAACUCACAAUUUAAAUGCUAGAGAAAGUGAUGCCAACCUUGCUACUCUCACGCUGACCUCUGCACCUUUUACCUACUUAUGCUUGCUUGAAAAGCUUAUGUCCACACCCCAAUCCCAUCCCAUUGUGAUCCACGUCAAAGCCUUCAUUGUGACUCUGCUGGGGAAACUCAGAAGCAGUAAUGGUGUCUGGAGUGUUUCUGCUUCUAUAUCCGAUGGAACUGGUUACCUGGAUGUGGAGUUAUCCAAUGAGGUUUUGACAGGCUUACUGGGGUUCUCAGUAGCAGAGAAGACCGCUCUAAAGCGUGACCUGGCCCGCAGGGGUGAGCUGGACUCCGGCAUGAGGAGAUGCCAGGAAGAGCUGGUGGACAUGUGCUGCAUCAUGACGGUCGUUGUCAAACCAGGAGACGGGAGAGCCGUGGUGGCAAAGGCCCAACCGGUCAGUGAGAGAAUACUGUGGGAGCUGGAACAGAGGGUGGGAGAAAGUAAAUGCAGCUGAGUGGAAGUAGAAAAAAAUGAGAAAAUUACCUCUGAAGGAAACGUUAAAUUGCCCUUCAACAGAGAUGAAAAAUUGCCAAUAAAGCUAUGAUCGAAAUUGAUGAUCAACCUGCCCUUCUGCUUCAUUUUAGACAGCAGAAGGUGUGAACUGGAAGUUUGAUAAUCUUGUGUCGCAAUGCAUCCCAUCUGCUAUAUGUGAAUGUAGCAUUCUGUCGUUUGGCAUUACAGGACUUAAUUCAUCUAUUCAUUGUGCUAUUAUAGACUCUGCAUUGCUUGCAGUUAACAGAGGAAAGGAGCAUCUAAAUACUCAUAUAUAUUGAUUAGCAGAAUGUUGGUUUAGACAACCCAGAGUUAAGCACCACUCAUUUUGUGUAACACCGUAAACUACAUGAAGAGAAGAGUGGAAAUGAGAGUAGGGAUUCGGGGGCGUUCAUUUUCUGAUUGCAGUAAUGAAUUGCCAGUCUAUGCAUUCAUCCAGCACGGCCAUUACUUUGCACUGAAAAGUGAUUGAAUAGGCAAGGGCAGCAUGGGUCUUUAAUAAACUUCCUCAGAGGAGAAUGAAAGGAAGGGGUGGAUAAAGGAGAGGCGAUGAGCUUUGAUUAUUUCUCUUCUGCUCAGAGCCACGUCCAUGGUUUUGGUUUUAAAUGUAAUUUGUUUGUUUUUGUAAAUACUUGAAAUAAAAAGAUAUCAAAAGGUUUUAUCAUA